AUGACAGCGAGGACAGUAACUGAUGAUGCCGACAACACUGGAGGAGCCUGCCAAUGUGUGCUGGACGCCGUGACAAUGCGAUCUCCGCACGCGGGCUGGCUGCCGCGCCAUACACCAGAGCGAGAUAAGGCGCGCGGCGCGCGGCGCGGCCGCACGUGCCAACACGGCGGCGUCUGCGCCUGUUUCCCGGGCGCGUGCGUCCCGAGGGAGGGCCCGAUGCCAAGGCCGGCGGCGAGUCGGCCGCCGCCGCGCGCCCCCGCUCGGUCGAUACGGCAAGACGGGCGCGAGGCGCGGCCUCGAGGAAACUGCGGCACGACGCCGCCGCCGCCUGUUACACGGCCGGCGGUCACGCCACGCCACGCCGUCUGCCCUAAGGGUCUCCACUGCGCCGCGUGGGUGGGUGGCUACGGCAACGGCAGGCCAGCGCGACGCAGGCAGGCGCGCCUGCGGCCACAAUCGAUGCCAGAGACGGCGACGGCGACAGCGGGCGCAGAGCAGAGUGCGGAGAGAGGUCCGCAGGGCGCCGGCUCGCUGCCAGCCAGCCAGCCCCACGCCCGCUGCGCUGUCCUGGCCGGCGUCUACCUCUGUGUAUCUGCAGUCCGCGACCUACCCAGCUGA